CAUUGUAUCCAUCUGGAUGAGACUAAAACCGGAAGUACCGCCUCCUCUUCUUCUACUGACAGCACUCUUAUCCAAUGAGGAAUCACGCGCUGUGUGAUUGACACGUCCGUCGACCAAUGAGCGUUGAGAAUCCGGCUCUCCGGCGGUAGUGCACGUACAGCUGAUUUGCAACCCGCCGAAGCUGCAGCAGAGAAGGAGGAAAAAUGUCGCUGGCUCGGACUCGGACCGUUCUAGGAUCAGUGUCGUUUUAGGAGGAAUCAGACGGGAACUCGAAUGAAACGUCUGCUGUGGUGUUGCUAUGAGAGAUAAUAAGCUCCAUGAAACUAAGAAAGUGAAAUGCUCUAACAGUUUCAAUGUGGGAGGUUUUACUUUGACUAGAGAGAGAGAGAGUCAGCUUACGCUCCCCUUUUGUCAGGUCAGCUGUAACCAUAACCAUUUAAGAACAGAGGAGUGUACUGUAACACUACAUGGGCCUCUAAGGUAACCUGAUCUGAUAAUUAAAGCCUCUGGAGCCUCAAGGUAACGUUUCAGUGAAGACAUGGACCCGUCUACCAGGAUGGUGGGUCUGGAUGCUCAGGGGAACAUGGUUUUCACCGUAGUAAAACCAGUAAUGGGCAUGUUUCAGGUGUCUUCGGACCAAACGGGUAAUGUUGCACAAGGCGGCAUGGGGCUUCAGGGUUUACCUGAAAACACCUUGAUCCUCCCUCAAGUGCAAAGCCAGGUUCCACUGGACCAGAACCAGAUGGAGAUGCACGCCAUGCAGCCUCAUAUUCAGAUGCCUCAGAUGCAGGUUUCUGCCCCAGUCCAGCCUGAGGUUGAGGUCCAGAUUCAAGACUCGCCGCCAAACUCAAGCACAAAUUCAGAGUCGGUUACUCACAUGCCUUUUGCAGAGGUGUCGUCACUCCUGGAUCCCAACAUGAAAGGAUCUAAAGCUCGAAAGUAUCUCAUCUCGUAUGAUGAAAUCAAACGGCGGCUGCAGGCCCCGGAGAAGAUGUCCCUGCGCUCUUUGGCAGCCUACACUCGCGUCAGCAGAGGCCCGGCCAGCAAGAAAACGCUCCUGGAGUCACUGAACGUACUCGGCCUCACGCCAAGCACAACUACCUCCGUAUCCUCCUCUUUCUCCAAACUCACUGAAGGCGACACCAGAGCUUUGUGUGACGAUAUGAAGGACUUUUCCCAUGACUACAUCGACUACAGCAACAUGGCCAAACAGCUCAUCCCCAAGACCAACACAGUUCAACACUGGUCCAAAAUUAUUGAAACUAAGAACCACCUGGAGGAUAUGAGGAAGUGUUUCAAAGACCCGGUCAACAGCGGAGCGUUUGACAACGUGACUCACGGUCUGGGUCUGGGAAUGCUGGACGUUGCGUUGGACAUGAUCGUUAUGGUGAUUGAACAGCAGAUCCGGAUCCUGUCCGGCGCAGCGGCGUCGGACCCGGCUGACUCCGGUCCGCCAAUGAGGCGUAUCCGCAGGCGCCACCGCAAAACCCGCCCGACCGACAACGAGAACCCUCACAAGGUGUGCGGAGGGGUCAAAGAGCAAGGGAAGACCAUUUUAAAAGGCAAAGGGCGAGGCCGAGCCAGGAAGAAGACGAGGCAGGAAACGGGAGCUGCUGUUCCUAUGGAAACCCAGGCGGAGCAGUGCAAGCCAGAUGACGUGGAGAGUAAUGUCCUUACGCUGGUUUCUGUUGGAUAUGAGACUGUUUCCAGUGGACUCAACGCAGCCGGAACUGUUUGACAACUGGUCACAUGAAGAACCAAUCAUAGGCCCGUUCAAAGGGAAACUGUACGAGUUGAGCUCCUGUGAAGGAGAUCAGAGUUGUGUUGAGCUCAGCAUCAAUCAUGUAAUGACUCCUCUGUAAGUCCAACUUAAAGGAAUAGUUGGACAUUUUGGGAAAUACACUUAUUAGCUUUGUUGCAGAGAGUUAGAUGAGAAGAUCGAUACCACUCUCACGUCCGUGCUGUAAAUAUGUAGCUGGAGCCAGCAGGUGGUUAGCUGACUGGAAACGGGGAAACAGGUUGCCUGGCUCUGUCCAAAGAGGGGGCAUUACGUGCCGGACUAUUUCUUGGCCGUAAAACGUUGAAUUCUCGUUUUUACACUUUGUUUUUUUGUACAGAUUAAACAAACAAGAUAUAAUAUGUUCACUAGUGAGCUUUAGAAGUUCCGGUAGGUUGAUUUCCUUAGCUUUGGACUAGUCUGACUCACCGGAUAUAGACUGUGGGUAUAAGUCUGCCAUUGGCCGCCUAUUGUCAGCCGGCAUAGACCAGACUCGCAUUGAGUCAUCGCCAAGGCCAUGCCUCCUUUCGGGGGAUAUAAAACUGAAGAUCCCAUAGAUUUCAGUGCAUUUGACGUAGGUUUUGAUUGUAAUUUUGACAAGUUUGUAGGCAUUUAUUUCUUGUUAAACAAACAUCUGUUCACAUGUCUAAUAAUUAUUUUGCCACCUUGCCUGAACCUGAGCGUUCGUGAUACUUUAAUGAUACAUAUCUGAUUGAAUCAUGUUAGGCUAAGUGUUGUCUGUAAAUAACCAACGUGUUUAUAACCAACUGUUUGAUCUAUAGGCUGAGAUUUAGCUGAAGACGACAGUCUAAUGCUGCUAGGCUGUAUGACCGUACUGCAGCAGAGCUAAUUUAUCCAUCAGUAGUCACUGUCACCAGCAACAUUUAGCGAUUUUCCACACUGGCAGUGAGUAGUCACGUAUCUUAUGUGCCUCAAAUCUUAGUGUGAAAGCCUCAGUUAACCCGCUACACACCAGCUUUUCUGGUAACGAUGACGCAAUGCCGGUCUAGUCUUUUCUCCUCUCCUUCCGCUAUCUGCACUGUCUAUUAUGCGAGGGCACCGUCACUGCAUCCUGUGCUUAGCGGCGCCCAAGACGAUUGUGAUUGGUUUUAAAGAAAUACAAACAAGCCAGAGCGUUUUGUUUCCCUCUGUACCAGAAUGAUAAUGUGGAGCCAGACCUUUCUUUAGCUCUGACACAGCGCUGUGGAGAUAGAGCCAGGCUAGCUGUUACUCUGUUUCCUGACUUAACGCUGAGCUAAGUUAACCGGCUGCUGCUACAUAUUUACUCUACAGACAUGAGAGUUGUAUUGAUCUUUUCAUCUAGUAAGCACAUUUCCCAAAAUGCCUUUAAAUGAACCCUCUGUUUGUUUAGUAGCAGGUUUAUUAUGUGUGUAGUCUAACUGAACCCAAUUAUAUAUUAUUUUUUUAUUCUAUGUUUUCAGCGAACGAACAAAACAUCCCCACCGAUGUAUGUAUAGAUGUAAUCAUGUUGAACACUGACAGGCGUACAGCCCUUAAUGUAGAACAGAUGAUAUCAGAGGUCUGGAUUAUAUUUUUUGCUGGUGAUACAAUGUCUGUUUCUCUGUUGUAUUUAUUGGUUAGAUUUGAACGUCUAUCGUACUAGAUUGUUUUUACUGGAACCUCAAAAGUCAAAUAAAAUAUAAAGAUUUAGUUUUCAUAACUA